UCAAAUAUCCAAAAGGUGGCAACUGUUUACGCGGAGCCUGUGUGAAAGAAAAAUUGCAAUUUUUUCCCAAUUCACACACACACCACACCACACACAGACACACGCACUACACCAAAAAAGAAAAACAGGCGAAAAACGCCCAAUAAAUUCGUGUCGGCAGAAGAAGUGCGGCAGCACAGAGAGUGCAACUCCAAACGCAAACGCAAACCGAAACGGGCACCAGCGAGAGCCAAGCAUCCAACUGCACUGUAACCGGGACGGACGGACGGGGCCACAGCGACAUUCCAGCCGAGCUGCGACCGAGCACAGCACCAAGAAGAAGAAGAAGAAGAGGAGGGAGGCCAAUUUACGUUUAUCAAUUAUGAAUUUCCUGGGCUUUGGCCAGUCAGCCGAGAUAGAGAUUGUCUUCGAUGGCGCCGAGCACAAGACUGCCGAGGUCAAGGGUGAGGACGGCAAGGUGGAGAAGAUGCUGCUCUUCUACGACGGCGAAACAGUGUCCGGCAAGGUGAACGUGACGCUGAAGAAGCCGGGCAGCAAGCUGGAGCACCAGGGCAUCAAGAUCGAGUUCAUCGGACAGAUUGAGCUGUUCUACGACCGGGGCACCCACCACGAGUUCAAGUGUCUGGCCAAGGCACUGGCGCGUCCCGGGGAUCUCAUCCAAAACAACAGCUAUCCGUUCGACUUCCCGAACGUGGAGAAGCAGUUUGAGGUGUAUGCCGGGUCCAAUGUAAGGCUGCGCUACUUCCUGCGCGCCACCAUCGUGCGUCGGAUCAGCGACAUCACGCGCGAGGUGGACAUCGCCGUGCACACGCUCUGCAGCUACCCGGAGAUGAACAACCCCAUCAAGAUGGAGGUGGGCAUCGAGGACUGCCUGCACAUUGAGUUUGAGUACAACAAGAGCAAGUACCACCUGCGGGACACAAUCAUCGGCAAGAUCUACUUCCUGCUCGUCCGCAUCAAGAUCAAGCACAUGGAGAUAGCGAUCAUCAAGCGCGAGUCCACCGGGACCGGCCCGAACAUGUUCAACGAGAACGAAACCAUCGCCAAGUACGAGAUCAUGGAUGGGGCGCCGGUCAAGGGCGAGAGCAUACCCAUUCGGGUCUUUCUCGCCGGCUACAAUCUGACGCCCACCAUGCGCGACAUCAACAAGAAGUUCUCCGUCAAGUAUUUCCUCAACCUGGUGCUGAUGGACACUGAGGAUCGUCGCUACUUCAAGCAGCAGGAGAUCACCCUGUGGCGCAAGGCGGACAUUCCCCGCUACCACGUCGCCCAGCAUCAGCAGCAGCAACACCAGCAGCAUCAGCACGUGCCGCUGCAUGCGCCGCCACAUCUGGUGAGUGGCCCUGCGGCACCCACAGUCGCCCCCUCCCUCAUCAGCACCAGCACGGACAGCGGCGAGGGUGCGGCCACAGCCGGAUCUGGCAUUGGCCUUGGCGUCGGCGACGGGGUGGCCAGCACCGAAUCGAAAAUGGGCCUAUUCACCAGGGAGAGCCCCAACCAGGAGUUUAGCCAGCAGCAGCUAGACUCCCCACUGCCCAACUCGCCGCCGUUGACGCCGCUGAACGAGAGCCCGGCCGAAAGAGAGGUCCGAGUGGAGCCAGCGUCAACGCCAACGCCUACGCCGGCGGCUGAAUCUGAUCCAAUUGCAGUUUCAGCUUCAGCGACAUCGGCACCAACACCAGCACCUGAACGAGGGAUGGGCGAUGGUGCCGCAGCGGCCACUGCAAGUGCCUCGCCCAUUGCAAUGCUGUCCAGCUCGCCGCCACCGCUCCCGUUGCAGCUGCCCCGUUCGGAUGGAGGUGCGGAAACAGCGAUGCAGGAUGCCCCGGGCGAUGGGCUGGAUCUGGAUGGCGAGCCCACUGACGAUGCCGAAGUCACGUACCCGGCGGCUGCGAAAAAGGUCAGCGCUUCGCCUCUGGCCGCCGAUUGAGAAAUAUGCGUGGAUGGAUUGCCACGCACCGGAUCGGAUCGGACCGGAUCGGGCUGGGAGUCGGAGUCGGAGUCAGAGUCGGACUCAGCUUGUAGUGGAAUGGAGGAGCAGGCAGAACUAUUUACGUAUAUUAAUCGUAGACAGCAGAAGUAAUAGCAGCAGCAGCGGUAGCAGUAGCAGCAGCUGCGGCAGCAACAGCAGCAACAACAGCAACAAAACAAGCAUACAUGCAUCUAUUUUUUUAAAGUUAAUUUAAAAUUGUUACAAAAUGUUUUAUCGAGGUUAUGCGCAUCAUUUACACCAAAUCAACCAACAAAAUAAUCAAACGAAAAGCGAAGCAUAGAAAAAGGAAGAGGAAACCCAGAUAGAAGCGUAGAAAGAAAAGAAAGAAAGAAAGAAUGAAUGAAGGAAUGAAACCUCGUAGCUACAUAUGUAUAUCCCCAUUCUCUUUCGAUGUUAGAGAUAAAUUCUAUUGGUAAUAUUGCUAGAAACGAUUGAUGUUGAACCUGGAGGAGAGAUCAGCGCUUGUUAACAGACAAACCCCCGGACUUAAGUAGCACCCAACCCCACCCAUCCGCCAUCCCACCCCGAACUACAUAUAUAUAUAUACAUAUAUGGAUCCGAAUCCGAUGCCAUUUUCCCAUCCCAACUCUGAUCAUUCCCUCACAGUUCGUUCCCACAGCGUUUGGGCGUUUGGAAAAUCUGAUUUUUCAAUAAGAGACAUACAUACAUGUUGAAAGUGCUUUCUAAAAGUGAGAAUCCCUGAAAUUGUGCAUUAAAGUAAUCAAAGAAACGAACUCUAAUACAACAAAAUAUCACCAACACACACUUGCAAUAAAUUUAUAGUCGGAUCUUGGGAGCGGAGCUGCUGGGUGGACGAGCAGAGCAGAAGGAAUUUGAGCUGAGGGCGACGUAGAAAUGAUGAAAAAUGUUACAUGCCUUGCAUAUGUACAUAACAUACAUAUAUAAAUAUAUACAUACAUAUACACACACAUUAAAAUGCAAUUUAUCGAAUAAAAAUGACACCAAGAAGAGCUCUAAACACGAAAUCGACAGAGACAAGACUACAUAUACUACAUAUGUGCAUACACAUGUAUGUAUGUCUGUUCCGGUGUGCUUUGGAGAAGGCGUGCUUCUUCGCCAUCAGCUGUUGUAGAUAAACGCAAGGGGGAUGACGGGAUGAUACAAUUAAGCUAGGUUUCACAUCUGUUCCUCUAUAAUAUCUGCCUUAAAAUAUCCUGUGAUUCGAUGCGCUCCAGAAAGAAUUUCCAAAUAUAA